UUUCUAAUGGAAGAGAAAUUGAAGCAAUUAUUGACCGACAAACCGGCUGUUGAGGACAAGGAUAUUUCUACCUUGUUUAAGAUCUUUCAAAUUGAACCUUCAACUUCUCAACGUUCAAUUUGUUUACAACUUGAAUCUGCAAAAGAUGUAAAAGGAACAGUUCAAUUAAUUUGCUCAAAUGCUACGGGAGACCAUUUUUUCGUUGAUUUAUUAAUUGCACAAUUCUCAAAUAGAAAUAAUUCUGAAUUUGUUUCGUUUGUUUCCAAAACUGCAAACAAACCAUCGAUGAGAGCAGUAUGUCAACGGAUAAGUUCAAUUAUGGAAAAAUGCAGGGACCAAGUGUCUUUCCGUGAUGAAAAAAUUGGAAAAAGUCUGAGUUCGUUCUUCUCUUACCUCCAUUCACUCAUUCAAAAGCCUGAAUAUGCUCCUCUCAGCAAUGUAAUGAUUCUUAUUUAUGUACAUUUGGUUACUGAUAAUGCUGAAGAUUUGUCAAUAUUGCUCUCUAAUAUACUUGGACAUAAGGUCCCAAAAACUCUCUCAAAACAACCUUUUGUCAAAGAACUUUAUAUUGCAAACGCAAUAAAUCAACAAGAUGUUGCACAAAAAGCAGCUAAUAUAAACAUAACAAAACGUUUGAAUGCAACAAUGUCUGGAUACUUGCCUGUACAUUGUAUUUGUGCGAUGCUACAUUGGCGUUCUUUUUCGAAAUAUAGUACCUCAAUAAAUGUAACUUCUAGAAUUUUAAAAAUUAAAAUGACUAGGUUUGGGGGUUUCUUCCUUAACCUUAUUAUCCCUACAAACGAGCACAAAACUUUGCGAUUUUUUUGA